ACAGUUGUGGAAGGGAUGAGCUCUAGUCAGCAAGGGAGCAGGACCGACUGUUUCAACACAGCCAGACCCACACAGGGAUGGGCCUCCUAGCUGUUUGCCCUCCAGCGCCCUUGAAAUCGCCACCCUCUACUCUGUAAUACCCACCCACCCCCCACCCCCCCUUGAUCGUCCCACAUGUUGGCACUCAGACAGUGGGAGUGGACAACAGGAGCACAAAGGUGACUGCAGCAGAAAGGGGUUGUUCCUGGGACGUACUGACCCAGAUGAAAACAUUGAUGUAUGAGUUACAAGUUUAACCAAAGACUCUCGCACCUUACGGCCACCACACACCUCCCACCCUAAAGUAAAUCAAUGCUAUAUCGUCCAGAGUAUGGGGUGCGUCAAAUCCAAGAGGAGCGACUCUGCAGCCCAAAAUGCAAACUCCACAGAGAAGGCAGAAUGCAUAUCCAGGGGGACGAAGGGCGAGAAGGCCUACUUGGUUCACUCAGAGAUGGGGUCGACGGCAGAGAGCUCUUCCCAGGUCAACCCAGUGCUGCUGGAGUACGCCCAGAGGCUCUCCGAGGAGAUUGUGGCCCGGGCCGUGCAGCAGUGGGUGGAGGUAGACCGCCGCUACAGUGACAUCCCCUACAUUGAAUGCGAUGUGCCGUGACACGGGAAGGUGUGUCCGAGCGGGGAGGCCAGGCCGAGCUGAGACUGUUUGACACCGAUACUGGAGGAUCUACAUGUGAAACAAGGUCAACAGUCGAACACAUUUGUUGAGGAUGAGUCAUUCGGGUGUCUACCUGCUGUGAGCAGGAAUAUGAAUGAGACGUCAGUAAUUCAGUUUUGACCUCUUUUUAGAUUGGAUUAUACUUGGCUGAGCCUAAAAACCCUCCUCCAAAGCAGCCUGAUCCUGCCCAUGUUUCUGUGAUUAUCUGUCUCAAAGCUGGAGCCGUACUCAGGCAGAGCGUCUUCAGUUGGAUAUCAUCUUUCUCAGACCUUAUUUGUCCCCUCGCUCCCAGUAGGUGUUGGCUCUCCCUGGCUGGACUUAUAAUGCAAAGCAAGAAAUCCUAUCAGAUAUUGCUUGGAAUCAUAAUGUUCCUCUGUGCCAGUGAAAGUCUAUCCUGUCCAUUGAUGCUGUCCGGGGGCCAAGGCUCUCUCCUCUUACGGAGGAAGUUAUUAAUAGAUCCCAUCAUUUGGUGAAGGCUCUUGUUUGAAAAACCUCCACUGGUCUCACCAGGUCAGAGACACACCCAACUGUCCGGCUCCUUCUGGUCUGACAAAAGGCCCCCGCAGGCUGAAGUUCUCCCGUAAUGGCUUCCCUGGAGAUCCUGUGGCAGAGCUGCAACGAGGAGCAGCAUCCGCGGCUCUGUUUACCCCGUCGCCAUUAGGCAGCCUCGACCACAGCCAUCCACCCAGCAGGUGUGGUCCUCAAAAUGGGUCCAGGAAAUUAUGUGUACAAUUGAUGUAUUUCCUGCACUCCGGGGGUUGCAGUAUAAGAACUUUAGGACUCGGAGCCAAACAGAAACCAAGACAUGAGGAUUUGACUCGUCCACAGAACUGAUGUUUAAAAAGAAAAACAAAACAAAAAAACUCUUGUGUUUUGGCUAAAAUGUUGUAGGCCUAGUUUUCUGUCAACAUUGUGUCAUUGUACAAUGCCUAAAUGAGAAAUACUGCCAAUCUGCCCCACAGAGGACAACAGCACAAAUAUGCAAACCUCGAAAACCCAUGACAGUUCAGUCCAGUAUAUACAGUAUAUAUUUGGCUUCUCAAAUUAGCGUGGUGCAACAAAAUUUACCAGGGGACAGUAGAUGUAUUUGGAAUAGAGGUUCACAACUGCCAAAGUCCUUAAUGAGUGUUCCUAUGAGCCCAACAUAGCGAAGGAGGCUUGUGUGAGUUAUUUCAGACAGUAUGACUUAUAUCAGAGGGGACAUGAUAAAGGUCUGGUCUUUGCUCACUGGACAGAGGGACAGUGCAGCUACAGGCCGAAACCUUGGAAGUGAAACCCUGCAGAUUUGUAAACAGGUACUCUGAGCAACAUUCACUUUACUAGAGAAACUGCUAAGAGGACACUUAAACUGCCACCCAACUGUUUGCAGUGAUAACAGCUUUGAAUAGUGUUGUUGUCUGUAGAGAUCAGCCAUAACAGGAGGGACUGUCAGAAUACGCCAACACAAGCUAAUAAGCCAUAAAAACAGUGGCAGGUAAUUGUCACCACUUGCCUUCUCCCCAGGUCUUCUCUGAUACCAGUGACAGUGUUUCUGCACCAAUAACUUACAGUAAAAUACAGGUGUUAGUCACAUUGUGUUGGUAAAUGGAAUCAACACAGAGGCUGUUUCAGUCAGAAAGUUAAAGCCACAGUUUUACCGGCUGUGUUGUUUAUGUGAGCUGGGUGAUGAUUAAAAACAUAAUGGUGUGCUAUAAACAUCUCCCCAGACCUACCACUUCAAAAAGUGAACAAAUAAAAUCUAACUUGCACUAAUCUGUACGGACAGAUUCAUUCUUUGGCUUUUCCCAAACAUGUUGUGAAAACACUAAAGAUUAGAGAUGACUCCACAUGCCGUAUUACUAAUUCUUAAUCUGAUGCCAUUUGUUUUGACUAGUGUCACUGUUGUGCUGACAGCUAUUUCUGUCAAUGUCGGGAUCUAAACAAAAACUUUGGUUUCAAUAGCACAAGAAAGAGCCGAUGGCAGUGUGAAGACAAUGUUUGGUCAGUUCAUUUAUUUCACAUGUUUAAAUUAAUUAAAUUUAAAGUAUUGACUCCAAACCAGGUGAUGGCAAUCAAUUUCUGAGGCUGCAGUACAUUAAAGAUGUUGCCAUAACGCUGAUGUCAGGCUUUACUGUUCAAAGUGUUGCAUUACCAGUGUGUUGUCACCACUGAGAAGACUACUUUUUACAAACUGUGGUGUCAUCUGUGUUUACAAACUCACAAAGGUCAGGGUUUUAACUCUGAUGGGGUCUUGUGGUUGUUCAGACAGCCAGGCAGAGAGACUGUAUCUACACUGCAAAGAGUGUAAAACCAGACCCAGCGUGAACGCCUGUCUUCAUUCAAACAUCCGUCUUCCAGCUGAUCGACGCUGACCAAAAGGCUGCCAAUGCUUCCUUUUGAAAACUGAUUUGUAGUUCCAAAGGUCACUCAUUUUAAAGUAUUGAUACCAGCAGGUGUUUGGACGGAGAACGGAGACGCUGCUGCUGUACAGGCCAGACUCAACACACACACUUUUCUGCAGGAGACAUUCAUCAGGAACAGGUUUCCUGAGGUCAGGUCUGAGGGGUUGUUGUACCCUGAGGUAUGGUUUACAUUAGGAAUGCA